AUGGAAGAGGAGCCCUCCGAGGAGCUGCCCGGUGGGGGCUCCUCCCCAUCCUUGGAGCAGGAGGACCCGAGGACGUCUUCCACGGCCCUGGAGGUGGAGGAGGAGAUCAUCGUGCCCAGCUCCACAGUGGACGAGGAGGAGGAGACGGUCCUGCCAAGGUCCACGUCCCUGGACGCGGAAGAGGGCCUCAGGGACUCCUCGCUCCUGCCCUCCUCCGAGUGGGAGACCUCGGAGUCCGCAGGCACGCAGGAGCAGAGCCCAAGCGACGACGGCUCCUCCGCGCCCCUGGGGAGCUCCGAGGCCAUCUCCUCGCCUUCGGCCUCCCCGCUCUCCUGGCAGAGGCAGCAGGACAGGCUGCAAGUCCUGGAGGAAGGAGAACCCGGCAGCACGGCCGUCGAGGGGGCCUGCACGGAGCAGAGCAGCACCCCUCCCCAGGGGAUCCCGGUGGAGCAGAGGAAGGCGAAGAAGAAGACGGCCACCAGGAAGGGAGCCCUGAACUACACAGUGAGGCCCGUCGUGCCGGCGGAGAAGGCAGAGCUCAUGUCUGUGGCUAAAGCCAUGCACCGGGAGAACUUUGGCAAGAACGUCAAGGACCUCUUCCACCUGGAGAAGGAGGCCGCCCUGCGCUCCAUGGAGACAGGCCUUUACAUCGGCUGGCGCUGCCCCGAGUACCUGUGGGACUGCUUCCGAGUGGGCGACGAGUCCAAGUGCUUCUGUGGGCACCUGCUGAAGAUGCAUCAGGUCUAUCGGCGGGCGACGGUGCCCUGCGCGACCCCCGAGUGCCGCUGCCAGGGCUUCACGUUCAUCCCCUCGCGCCCGGAGGAGGUGGGCGAGUUCUGGCUGCGCAGGAGGACGGGCUUCGAUCCGGCGGCCUGGCGGGCGAGGUGCCGCUGCAAGCACACGCACGAGGAGCACUCGCCGGCCGGUGCGCGGGCCUGCGGGGCCCGAGGGUGCUCCUGUGCGGCGUUCACGUCCGGCUUCCUGUGCGCAGCUUGCGACCGGCGCUGGGAGGAGCACGAGACCUUCUUCGAGUCGGAGGAGACACGCCGCAAAGGCGGCCGGCCGUACGGAGCAGCUUAUCUGCCCUUCGCCGAGAUGCCGGGCCUGCGCAACGCCGUGCUCACGGGGCACGCCGAGGACGCCUCCGCCCACCAGGCCCUGCCUGCCGCCUCCGCCUCACGUGCUCUGCCUCUUCCCCCCUCAGGGCCGCGGAGGCCGGCGCAGAAGGACGACAAGAAGGCCUGA